AUGGCAUUCGUACAAAAGGGUCUCAAAAACAUCCUCCAAAAGAAUCCCCACGACGUCGUCUUCCUAUCCGCACUCCGCACACCAGUCACACGAGCGAAGAAGGGCGGAUUGCGGGAUGCUUACGAUCAUGAACUCUUAGGCGCCGUCCUCGCUGCCACGCUCAAAAAGUUCCCCAACCUCGAUCCCGCAAAAAUAGACGACGUAUGCAUCGGCACCGUCCUGGCUGAGCUUGGUGGCUCAAAAGCCGGUCGCAUGGCCGCCAACCACAUCGGCAUACCCACCACCACGUCCUUCAGCACCGUCAACCGUGCUUGCGCAUCUGGUCUCAGUGCCAUAACCUCGAUUGCAAAUUCCAUCGCCGUGGGCCAAAUAGAUGUCGGCAUAGCUGGCGGCAUGGAAAGCAUGACACGGAAUUACGGAUCACGAGCUAUUCCCACGGAGCUCUGGCCCGAAAUGAAGGACAGUCCGGUAAAAGAAGCCCGAGAUUGUAUAAUGAGCAUGGGCAUAACAUCGGAGAAUGUGGCCUCGCGAUAUGGAGUAAGUAGAGCAGACCAAGACGCAUUUGCAGCGCAAUCACAGCAGCGCGCCGCAAAAGCGCAAGCUAGCGGGAACUUCGACGACGAGAUUGUACCGGUGACUACGCGCUGGAUUGAGCCUGAAGUCCCCGAGACACAGAAGAGCGUCACGGUGACAAAGGACGAUGGCAUCAGACCGACCACGACGAUUGAGAAACUAGCAGCCAUGAAACCAGCCUUUAGCAAAGACGGUACAAGUACAGCCGGAAACUCGUCGCAGGUUUCCGACGGCGCGUCCGCGGCUCUCAUGAUGCGUCGUUCCACUGCUACCAUGCUCGGUCUUGAAUCCGCCAUUGUGGGCAAGUGGGCGGGUACGCAGGUUGUGGGGUGCUCGCCGGAUGAGAUGGGCGUUGGUCCCGCUGUGGCCAUACCGAAGCUGCUCGACUACACUGGUCUUACGACGGAGGAUGUCAAUGUUUGGGAGAUCAACGAAGCGUUUGCUAGUCAGGCUUUGUACUGCGUGAGGAAAUUGGGAUUGGAGAAUAAGAUGGAUAAGAUUAAUCCGAAUGGAGGCGCGAUUGCUUUGGGUCAUCCGCUUGGGGCGACGAGUGGGAGGAUGUUGGCGACGCUGUUGAGUGAGAUGGGGAGGAGUGGGGAGCAGGUUGGUGUGCUGAGUAAGUGUAUAGGGACGGGUAUGGGGAUGGCUAGUUUGAUUGUGCGGGAAUAA